AUGAAUCUCAAGAUUCAGGUAACAGUUAAUAAUUUCAAGUGGUGUGAUUUGUUUGCUGUUCUGUGUUGGGCAAUAUGGAAACGUAGGAAUGAGAGAGUUUUUGAGGGACGAAGAUCGACUACAGUGAGUGUCAUCGCACAAGCUACUGUUAUCCUUAACUACAUGAAUGAGGCUAACUGUCAUUUACAAAAUACCUCUAUUGCUGGCAUUCGUCCUAAUAAUCAGGUGGAUAUGACUAUCUUAGCUACUGAUGAGCUCUUUGUUUAUGUUGAUGGGGCUUUUACGACUGCUACGAAUUCUAAGGGUUGUGGAGAGAAGGGGGAUAAUCUGACGGUAGAAUUAUGGGCUUGUUAUAUGGGCCUAAAGCGUGCUUGGGAUAUCAAAACCAAGUAUGUAAGAAUCCAUAGUGAUUAUCAUGAAGCACUGUCUCUGUUAAGAGCCAAUAAUUACGACCUUCAUGAAGACCGAGAGCUUAUUGCUGAAAUUCAACAAAUACUUCAAAGAGACUGGCAGGUUGAUAUGAGAUGCAUUGGAAGGGAGUUCAACUCAGAAGCUGAUUCCUUAGCAAAACAUGCCUUAUCUCUCCCCAUGGGUCUUCACGUAGUGGCUGGUGACUCUAUUCCUUUAUUCAUGGAGGAGUUUUAG